AUGGCUGCCGUGUCCGCUGUCCCCGCCGUUUCUACCGUCUCCGUGGUUUCCGGCAUGUUCGACGUGGCGACGACUAAUUCUGCUGUGCGUGCCACCACCACAUUCAACGGUCCCAUCUUUUUCACGCUAGACACCGGCCGUUCGCUGAGCAACAGCCAUCGCGGGCAAAGAAGCCCCUCUGCUGCUUGCGCAGCUCGUUCUACCCUCUCCUCCCUUGCGACUGCUGCUAGUUCACGAUCUGCAAGGAAGGCAAGCCACACUGUAGUGGCGGCAGCAGCAGCAGGCACAACGCAGGCGGCGACAGAGGAGGUGCCGGUGCCGGUGGUGGUGAUAGACAACCACUCGGAGGCCAAUGCGACCGUUGUGCAGCUCGAGUUUGGGGAUAGGCUGGGAGCACUCAUGGACACGAUGGCAGCACUGCGCAGUCUGGGGCUGAACGUGGUGAAGGGACGCGUGACGACAGUAGGAACCGUUGCUCGCAACACCUUCACCAUCACGCAGGAGGGUGGCAAGGUGGAGAGCGCUGAGAUGAUAGAGGCCAUUCGAGGCACCAUCAUCGCCAACCUGCUCAAGUACCACCCUGAGUCCGGCACGCAGCUAGCCAUGGGCCUCACAUGCGACUCACCUCCCUGCAAUGCGAGCGUGCCAACACGCAUGGCGCUCACACCCCUGCCUGACAAUAGUGGCAGCGAGCUGAGGGUGGAGGCAGCAGACCGGCCGGGACUUCUGAUGGAGAUCGUGGAUGUGCUGACGGGGAUGUCCGUCAGUGUGACGUCAGCAGAGAUUGACACCGAGGGCAUGGUGGCGAAGGAUGUGUUCACGGUGUCGUACCAUGGGGGGCCACUGGAUGAUGAGAUGACCACGGUGAGAUGA